GUAGCAGGUAAAGACAAAAUGAGUCGGCAAUACGAGUGAGUCUCUUUGAACAAGAAGUUGGAGGAUUUUCGUUUUGUACAUUCUAGUUGAGUUCAAACAACAUUAGAAAAAAUGAGUUCAAUUGGCACUGGGUAUGAUCUUUCAGCAUCACAGUUUUCUCCUGAUGGACGAGUUUUCCAAGUUGAAUAUGCUCAGAAAGCUGUUGAGAAUAGUGGGACUGCUGUAGCUUUGCGUGGCAAAGAUGGUGUGGUACUUGCUGUUGAGAAAUUAGUGACAUCAAAACUAUAUGAAGCAGGUGCUAACAAACGAAUUUUUUCCAUUGACCAGCAUGUUGGGGUGGCAUGUGCUGGCCUUUUAGCUGAUGCCAGACAGCUGGUAGAAACAGCAAGAACAGAGGCUUCUAACUACAGGGCUGACUAUGGAUCCUUGGUACCUCUCAAGUACCUUAAGGACAGGGUGGCUAUGUAUAUGCAUGCUUACACAUUGUACAGUGCUGUCCGGCCAUUUGGAUGCAGUAUUCUCAUGGCAGCAUCAGAACCUGAUGGACCUCAGUUGUACUGUGUUGACCCUUCAGGAAUAUCUUGGGGAUAUUAUGGUUGUGCCAUUGGGAAGGCCAAGCAAGCUGCUAAGACAGAAAUGGAGAAGUUGAAGGUGAAAGAAAUGACGUGUAGAGAACUUGUAAAAGAAGCUGCAAAAAUUAUAUAUGUCAUCCAUGACGAAAUUAAAGACAAAACAUUCGAACUUGAACUCAGUUGGGUUGGAACAGAAACUGGAGGAAUACAUAAAUUUGUACCAAAAGAUCUGUUUGAUGAAGCUGAGAAGUAUGCUAAGGAUGCUCUCCAAGAAGAAUCAGAUUCAGAUGAAGAAAUGUGAAUAAAGUUUACUGAGAUAAACUGAACUUUUUAAAACUAUCUAUAUACACCACAAACACUGAAACUAAUGUAUUAUAUCACACUUUUCUCUGAUCAUCUUUGAAAUUUGCCACUGGACUCCUUCAAGAAAUUCAACUUAUUGCUAGUAUUGUAUAAGAUCAGAAUUUUAAAAAUAAAAGUACAACCAUCAUUCAAAUUGUUAACAUCCUCUCAUUAGACCCCUUAAAUGGUGAGUGAGAGAGAAGAUGCAUGUGUAAAACAUUAAAUAUAGAAGUUAAAGUAGAUAGGUUGUAAUAUUUACAUGGGUUAAGUUAUGUUUAAUCAAUAUAAAUGAAGGUUCCUUUUCCCACAGUUUACAAAUUAUUAGGUUUCAAUGAAUUUGAAGAAUUUUAAACAUAAAAGAAAGGCCCCUUAUUUUGGCUUCCUUAUGACUUUUUAUAAGACCUGUUCAUUAUACAAUCUGAAAAUACUGUACAUCUUUUAAAGUGUACGAUCUUGAAAUAUCAUUACUAUGAUCAUCUGGUUGGGCCAAUUGUCUUAGAAGGUACUUAUUUUAGGACAAGAACUACUUUAUUUUUGCAUAAUUGUCAGCUUUAAAAAAUGUAAAACAUUUUGUGAAGCCACUAUUAGAACAACUUAAUGAUAAUAAGUAUACACAAUAAUUAAUUUACUUUCAAUUCUGAUAUCAGCAUCACAUUUUUUAUACUUUAUGACAAGAAAGGUUUCAAAGCACAGUGUAGUUUAAUACUUUCCGAUAUUAGUUUGUAUUGUAUUCUGUUUCAGAUAUUUUACAACUGUAAUAUAAAAAAACUAUCAAAAUAAAAAUUACCUUAUAAUUCCAGGAAAAAUUAGCAUUAAUAAUCAACAUCAACUGGUAUUCAUACUUGUGUUUCAACUGUAUCCCAAAUGAAGCAAAAUGUAGAUUGAAAUUAUACAAUUUGGCUCUCCUUGCAUCAACCAUAAUCCAGUCUUCAAUACAUAAAUCAAAUGAAAAAUGUAAUACCAUUUCUCUGUAUUCAACCAUUAUCAUUUGAAUAAAUCUUCCUUGUAAA